AUGAAUUAAAUGACUAAUAAUUCACUUUUAAAUGACUCAAGAUCUUCAAGCUUGAAUUAUUAGAUUGACCCCGCCUCAUUGAAAUUGUAACCAUAAAAUAGUGGUAGCUCAUAAUUUAUGAUUCGCAGCUUUUCAAAGCAAUCAGCAAGUGACUAUCGUAAUGGCAGAUUCAGAAAUGACGAGAGCAUUCUGAAAGCUUUUGAAGAUUCUAGAAUGCUCGUAGAAAUGUCAAUUAAUCAUUCUCUUGGAACAAAUAUUCAAAGGUCAAUUUAGCCAUCAGAGAACAGUGACAUUUUCAACAUGAAUCUUCCAUUCCUUAGAGAUAAUAGUGACAAUCAAGAUACUACGAAUGAUGUUUCUACAACUUAUAGAAAUCACACAUUUAAUAUGAGAAACAUAAAAAACUCAGCUAAGAAUUUAUCAAGACUAAGUUUAAGCAAGAGUCAAUCACGCUCUAGAUCCAAGGAUAAGGAUAAAAAUAAAUAAAAACGAUAAGAUCCUUUGAUGGAUGUGCAAGGAAAACAAUCAGCUCAUAUCCACCAGCAUUUGGAAUAGAUGCAAAAUAAAAUACAUGAGGAUAAUUCAGUUGACCUAAAUGGAAAUGAAUAUGAUGGAAACAAUAAUCGCAUUUAAUCAAGGAGCAAAUAUAGUAAUGCUUCUAAAAGUGGUUCUAAGGAGAAAUCAAAUGUAAAUAAAAACAGUAGAAGACCUCCUUAUCAGCAAUAACUUUUGAAUAAGUCUAGAUAGAUUGAAGAUUAAAAGUCAAAAAGUAGAUCUUAGACUAGAGAGCUUAUAAAGAAUUUGUUAUUGAGAGAUCCAAGUUAAGAGAAAAUGUAAAAAAUAGUGCCAAUAUAUGAAAGAUCUAAUGAGUUUCUUAGAAAGAAAAAUGAAAAGAUUGCUAAACUUAGAUAGAUAAAGUAAUAGUUAGAAGAAGAAGAGGAAAAAAAAUUAUUUGAAGAAAUAGAAAGUAGACGAUCAAAAUCAAGAUCCUCAAAUUCUAGAUUGAGCUAUAUGUCAGGUACAUAAACUUCAAUGCGAUCCUCAUCUAAAGGAGGGUCUCCUUUCAGAGAGAAGAGCCGACAUAAGUAUGAAUAGGACCAACUAAUCAAUUUGAUUUUCCAUCCAUAAAUUAGUAAAAAUUCUAGUAAGUUAAUAAAAAAUAAGAGAGAAAAUGAUGGAUUCAAAUAUAUAAGAGAACUUAAUUAAGUUGUCUAUGAUCCUUAAAGACAUGCAAACAUUUAAGAUAGAUUCAAAGAGCAUGAAGAGUAUAGUAAAAUAUUACAAGAAUUAUUAACUGAAAAGGUUAUCUAAUAAGAAACACCGUUUAAACCACAAAUUUAUAACAAAAAAAUAUGA